CUAUAUUUUUGUGUGUGAUUAAAAUGUUAUUAUCAAUCAAAUAAGUAUAUUCAAAGGAAUUAUAAUGGUUGAGAAAUCCGAAUCGUACGAUUCAGCUAUAGAGUUGAAUCGGACCCAAAGUUCUUCUGAUGAAGAUAUUGAAACACUAUGUGAUGGCGACUCUGAAGAUUUAUGUGAUAUGAAGUGUGGACGAUUCUUCGAAAAUAAAAAAAUGGCACAACACAAAGAGAAAAAUAUAACUCUGGAAAUGGAAACAGCACAAACGAAUUUAGAAGAAAUCCAGUUGUUGAAAAAACUAUAUGAAGAUGUUCUAAAUGAUCGACAGGAUCGACAAAAUGAGAUAGACAAUUUAAAAGGAGCAUUAGAGCUUAAUAAGGGCACAAUUGAACAACUGGAACAAGCAGUGCAGUUUUCUGAUAAAAUAGCUCAAAAAUUUAGAGAACAGUUACAAAAGCAAAUUGCAUCUACUUUGUGUCUACAGGAGAGUUUGAAAAGCUCUAAUUUCGAACUAAAUGAAUUAAGAGCAAAUACAACAAAAGACGCACAAGAAAUUGAUAAAAAUAGCAUAUUAGUUAGUCAAUUAAAAGCUCAAAUAUCAGUGUUAGAAGAACAGUUCAUGGAGGCUAUCAAUGAGAAUGUUUCGCAAAGAAGGUAUUUAGAACUUUGUCGAGACGCAAAUUUAGAACUAAGAAGACAAAUAGUAAAUUUACAACAAGAUGUUGGAAUUCUUGAGGCCCAAUUACGGAGCUGUCAAGACAGAAUAAAGGUGUACGAUGUGGUUAUAAGGGAUUACUAUACUCUUAAAAUCAAAAUAUCACAACUCUGGACAGAAUUGGAUAUCAUCAAACAGAAUGAGUGCAGAAAUGCUACGUUGCGCACUCAAGUGGAACGGCUCAGUUCUGAUUUGGACGAACUCACAAAAUUGUUAGAGGAUAAAAACAAGGAAAUGCAGGCUUUGGAGAAAUGCCGAGAAGAAAGUGAAAAAUCGAAUACCCAAAUUGUGGAGCAAUGGUCAGAAGCACUAACUCGACAACGCGCGAAAUAUGAACGAUUAUUGAUGGACAUGGGUGCAGAAAUACAGCUCAUUACUGUGCAACUACGAACUCUUCAGGAUGUUUUGGCCCAAUCGGAAUUUGAAUCAGAAACGACUAAUUCCAGCCUACAGGAGGCGCUAGCAGGUGUAAAAAUACAAAAUGAUAGUCUUAUGCAGGAAUGCCAAAGAUUGGAACAACAAAAUGUCAUACUUAAAAAUAAUAUUCAAGACAAAAAUGCCGAGAUAUCUAAAUUAUAUAAAAGUCUAUCGGAUACUCGUGCAACUCUGGAGAAUACUGAACGAAAUCUUGUUGAUGCUGAACAGACAAUUAAUUCAGAACGAAAACUUGCAUGUGAACAAAAGGUGCAUUUGGAUUGUGCCAGGGAUAAAAGCGAAAUGAUAAAAGAACUCCUAAAAACUCGCACCGAUGAAGUAGCUUUAUUGCAAUCCCGAGAAGCGCAGCAUAUUAACUCUAUAGGAUUACUCAGGAAACAACAGGAAUGUCAAUUACAAGCAUAUCAACAAGAUGUUGAACAACUGACAAGACAA